AAUCUUGACAGCGGUCCAUGCUAUAUGUAGUUCCAUACAAGUCUCAAUCCAUUUCUUCAGUUCUCACUUCCAUUGUCAGUUAUCAACUCACUGCGUCAAAAAACAUCACAACGCCAAGGGUGGAGAAAUGAUUGGCAAUUGCAAUGCCCCAGGUUCAAUAUCUUCUCAAACCCUACAUAUAACUUUCACAAGACUAGAUAUGGUCAAACCAAUUUAUACGAAUUUCUUGGAGUUUUUGCAUAAAUACUUACUGUACGGGCCUAAGUAAGGUCUGUAUUCAAGACCCCCACUCUCCUACCAAGAUAAUGGACGUGCUUCUGUUCCAAAAGCUGAUAAAUACUUGAGUACAAUUAAAAUGGAUUCACCGGAAAAGGGGAACCGAAUGCCUCGGUAAAGAUGCACACUCCGCAUUUCGAUAUCUUCAUCUAGGCAGACACGGAUAUGGUGGUCAUGACUUCUUUUAAGGAGGUACAUAUUCUUAAACUCAUAUGCCUCUCAGACCGCAUCAAAGAACAGAAUCUCUUGAGUAAAGUUCCAAUUUUUGAGGUUACACGACAGUGUUCGGCGUUAGUUUUCAAAUGAGGGGGUUUGAUUCAAAUACCAACAACAAGGAUCACCAACAUCUCAGUUGGUUAUAUAUCGAUACUUACUUACCUCCGUACGGGAAUCACGGACUUUGUGAACAAAUCCGUUAUUUCUGAAAUUGAACCGACCCGAGCACUAUCCAGAUAUAAAAGAGGUCUUAUCACCGUAUCUUAAUCUCGAGUCUCAAAUACAUCCACAAAACACCAACAACCAAAAAUCAAAAACCAAACCAACAAAACCAAAAAAUACAACGGAAAAUCUCUCGAAAAUGACAUCCUCAAAACCCGUCCCCUACGACCCUCAAAUCGCCCCCACCCUCAAAGCCCAAGGCCUCGAUCCCGCACCCCCAGCCCCAACCCUCUCAACCCUCCCAAUGAUGCGAACCUCCCUAGGCGCGCUAGCAAACCACACCCACAACUUCCGGAACCAUCCCCAUCUCUCCCACAAAGAAGACCAGCUUAUAGGACCAGACGGAAAAACCAUCGCACUCACCAUCGUGGCACCCACCAAGAAGAAAACCACCGGCCUCCGACCAGGAAUCUUCUACUUGCAUGGCGGAGGUAUGAUUUUAGGGACGCAGGAUUUCCUGCUGGAUGGCACGUUCCCCUGGGUGGAGCAGUUGGAUGCGGUGCUUGUGAGUCCGGAUUAUCGACUCGCGCCGGAACAUCAACAUCCGGCGUUGUUGGAGGAUUGUUGGACGGCUUUGGAGUGGUUUGUGGAGAGAAUCCCGAAACUUGGGAUUGAUCCUGAGAAAGUUAUGGUUGCUGGUCACUCCGCAGGUGGUGGUCUUGCGGCGGGGAUUGCUCUACUGGCUCGAGAUCGGGAGGUGAAAAUCAAAUUCUGUGCGCAGAUGUUGAUUUAUCCGAUGUUGGAUGAUAGGAUGAUCACGGUGAGUAGCGAGCAGAUGAUGGAUGAUGGGCCUUGGACGGGGAAGUUGAAUAUUGUGGCUUGGGAAUGGUAUCUUGGUCCGAAAGAGGAGCGAGAUGGAUUGAAGGAUGUGGAAUAUGCGGCUCCGGCUAGGAUGAAGGAUCUUUCGGGGCUUCCACCUACUUUUAUUGAUGUGGGCACUGCUGAACCAUUUAGAGAUGAGGAUAUCAAUUACGCGAUGAGGCUCUUGGAGUGCGGGGUUAAGACUGAACUUCAUGUAUAUGAGGGUGGUAAGUAUAUUUUCUCCAUUUCCUCAAAUGUCUUGUAAUAUGUACUAACUUGGAGUCAAUAGUAUACCAUGGCGCUGAUAUUUGGACUCCUGAAUCAGACGUUAUGCAAGCUUGUCUAUCGACAAGACUUAAUUGGUUGAAGAGGAAUUUCCCAUCUGCAGUUGAAUCUGUAGCAAUCUCUUCCUUGUAGUAUUAGAAUGUAGCUCGGUCU